CGCGUGUGUUGUGGAAUUGGACAAGGAGUGGGGAAGGUGGGCGGUGAUGGUCUGGAGAUGCGAUAGCAGGUGAAGUGGAGGUACUUAUGUACCCACCUACUACUCAAUCGCAUGACUCAUGACAUUGUAAUUAUAGAGGACCGGCUGGUUGAAAUUAUGAGCCCCAACUGUCGGGUUCGAGUCACCAGUUGCAAUCGUGUUGGGCUUUCCAUGCCUGCGUCCGAAUCUCGCAUCGAUAAUCGAGUCUCGACGCCAUCGGUCACCGAUCACGUGCUUCAAUACGUGCCCAUACCAACAAACUCAAGUCUUUAGUUCUUAAUCUCAUUCGGGUGACACGUCCGCGAUCGGGGGACGGGGGCUGUGCCUCGUCACCGUCGAUUUGAGACUCCGCCCGCGCCAACU